AUUGGAAAAGAAGAAAGAACUGAAUUAAAUGGUAAAGCAGAGGCGCUCAUCGCAAACGACCAAACGAAUUCUACAGAAAAGGCGAGAACUGUUACAGUUUUCGAUUUAAUUCGAAAGCCUCGCAUAGCGAUGCUUUCCUUCAAUAUCUGGUUCUGCUGGUUUGUCAACAGCAUGCUUUAUUACGGAGUGACAAUGAACUCGGUUAAUAUGGCGGGCAGUCGAUAUUUAAAUUUCUUUUUAAUGUCAUUGAUCGAGGUUCCAGCCUGUAUUGUUUGUAGCUAUUUCUUCCAUCGGUUUGGUCAUCGCAAACCAAUUUGUUUUUUCAUGAUAUUCGGAGGAAUCAACUGCAUAGCAUCAAAUUUUGUAUCAAAAGAUUCAUAUUGGUUUCCUUUAAUAUUGGUUGUUCUCGGCAAGUUUGGUGCUACGGCUUCUUUUGAUGGAAUAUAUCUUUUAUCAGCAGAAAUAUUUCCAACGAUUAUACGGAUCAGUUGUAUGGGAACUGCUUCAACGUUUGCGCGUUUCGGAGCCGUUAGCGCACCUCUUAUUCUUGGACUCUCUUCUUAUGCAUCAUGGAUCCCUCUCAGUGUCUUUGGAGUGUUGGGAAUAGUGUCUGGUUUACUAACAUUAUUGCUUCCGGAAGUGAAAGAUACAGCUUUACCACAGACUGUGGAAGAUAUGGAAAACUUGUAAAAUAGAAAAUAGACAGUGUGUGUGUGCGUGUUUGUGUGUAUCUGUCUGUGCGUUUGUGCAAGUUUGUGUGUCUAUGUAUGCAUGUAUGUAUGUAUGUAAGUGUGUGCUUUUGUAUGAGUUCCUCUUUCCGCAUAAUGUUUGUAAGCAUAAUAUGAAGAAAUAAACUCUGUAUAUACCGA